AUGGAAAUACUUAUUAUUAUUAAUGAAAAAAAUGACCUAGUAUAUAAACAAUCUUUUCCUUCUUGUCAAAAAUUAGAUAAAAUAUUUAUGGAUCUAUUAGUGGUCAGUUAUGGAUCAAUAGACAUAUUAAAUAAUUUAUUGAAAUCUACUACCGCAAAUUAUUUAGGAUGUAUUGAUACUUUUAAAGAUUAUAAAAUUAGUGCUUUAAUUUAUCCUUCAGCUUAUAAAUGUAUUUUUGUGCACAAACAGUCCAAAGACAUAAAGAAAUUUAUGUUUGAUGUUUAUUAUUUAAUCAAGUAUAUGAUUAUUUAUGAAAUAACAGACUAUUCUAGAGAAAUUGAAGGAGUUGAACAAAAUAUCAUUAAUUUGUAUAAAAAAUACUACAAACUUAACUAA